AUGGUGUUGUCAUUUGGUCAGACACAAAAUGGUGACGAAGCGAUGCCAACUAAAGAUCAAGAGGCACUCGUAAUUUCUCAGGACGUGACUAAAAUCCCUGAGGUCAUGGACAUGUUAACUUCAGAGCAAGACGAGCAAGACUUAUCACAAUCUUAUGAGGCUAGUUCUGAGAGCAUAAGAUCUACAUCUUGCGUCUUAUCGAAGCAACUGCAAGUUAAUGCAUCCAAAUUAACAUGUAAUCUUGAAAACUGUGAAGAUUCUUCACGAUCAGAGUCAUGUGACAUGGAGGAACUUAAAUCCGAUUUGCAUGAUGAAGUUAUUGCCAAGUUGGAUAAAAAUAUAAUUGUGGAACAGGAGUUAAAGCAACAGUUAUCAUCACCUGCACAUACAUCUACAUCAGAUCAAACUUUAGAAGAACAGGAUCCAUCUUCAGAUACCGCACAAAAUAUAGUUUGCAUGUUCAGAAAAACUAAUAAGCUUGGUCAAGAAGCAAUUUUAUACUGGUGCUACUUUAUAGAAAAAUAUGACAAAAGGAUUGAUAACCUUGUUGUUGGUGGAGUUAAGAAAAAAACUGCAACAUCUAUGGUAUAUCAAGAAAUCAAACAGCUUUUACCUGAUAUAACAGGUGUGAAUUUGCGACAAAAAAUUCUUAGAGCUAGAAAAUUAUAUAAGUUAUUCAAUACAUUAGGAAUAGAGAAAAUUAAACAGGUCUCUUAUAGUGCAGAUGCUAUUUCGAGCCUCAGUUACCCACAAAUACAAAAUAUUAUAGAUCAUGUGAGUUCAGUGAUAAGUUCACACAAUGAAACCGUGAAGAUUCUUCACAAUCAGAGUCAUGUGACUUCAAAAAUUAAUCCGACUAAUACAUAUAUUCCUCCAAAAGCUAAGGAGCGUUUAUUUUCUCUCUACACUAUGGCUAGUGAACCUUCGAGCACUACUAUAACCAAUGCUACGGAGGUUUUCCAACUUGAAGCACUCUCAUUAAAUUACCUUCGAAAUCAAGACAUUUCAACUGUAUCCUACGAGAAAGAUCUUCUGAAACUUAAUCCAUGUAGUCUUUGCAACAAAGGCAUUCUCACGUUUCGAUUACAGGCAUUUACGGUAUUAUCCUGUGGGCACAUUUUUCACAGGAUAUGUCUUGGAGAAUAUAUUGCACAAGGAGAAACGACAAACCCAUUAUGUCCUUUGUGUCCCUUCACUAUUGAAUUGUUUAGAGAAGAAGCAGUACUCGCCUCUGGAAAAUAUCAUUUUCAGAUGAAACAAACUGACACUGGACAGGGUGAUGAGGAGCUCAUGGAUUCGCUAGGAUUGGUAGAAGAUGACCCUCGUGCUGGACAAGGGAGUCAAUCGAAGCAAGUCACUAUGCAGGAUCAGGUGACAAGCCCAAUUAUGAUUGAGGAUGAUGCUUCUGAAAAUAAUGAUAAUGAAAGGAUACCAGAUGCAUCAAACCGCUCCGCCAAUGUACAAACCAAUGAUGACACUCAAAACCUAUCAUCUCAACAGUUAUCGAGAGGAUCCUUUCCAAGGAAUACGCGUUCGCAGGAUAGAUUUCAAGAAUUAUUGCGAGAACUAUCUACACCUGUCAGGGGAGAACCAGUUGAAGCCAAUGAUGAAGAGGAAACAGGGGAAGAUUCAGUUCCAAAGAGCUGUGAAGAUAGAGUUAAGGCGAUUAGGGAAAGUGAUAGUAGGUUAAAUGGACAGCAGGCCAUGACUCAAGUAUACAAUGAGGUUAAAGCGCAUCUUCCAGAUAUUACAAUGGCAAAUUUGC